AUGGCUUCAUCUACUCGAUGCUUCCUAUUUGGGCUCACAAUUUUCUUAGGAAUUCUUGCAAUUUCAACCACAGCAAGGCCUUGCAAGACUAUAUUCAUCUCGUCUUACUAUCUUUCCUUCAAUCCCCAGAACCCUAACCCGAACCCCAACUCUAAUACCGCCGGAUUCGUCACCGUUUUUACCCAUGUUCGCCAAUUCAAGGAUUCUCCACAUAGGCCCUUAGUCUUUCUCGAUCCUUCGGUUUUCCCCACAGUAGAUGAGGAACCUCAGAUCCAAGGGCCACGGCGCCGCGUUGUACCUUUGGGUUACGACUUCUCCUCUCUGCGCGAUCGCACUAAGGAUAUUUUGAGUGUUGUUUUCGCUUUGCUUUUCGGUGUUGGAUGCGGUUCUCUUACUGCUGUUGCUAUGUACUUGAUGUGGACCCUAUUUACCCGCCGUAAUUCCUUUGAAGAAUUCAGUGAUUCUGAUGAGGAUGAUCUUAGCUCUAAGAUGGGAUACGAGAAGAUUCCAGCUAAGGAAGCAGCGUGA